CUGAUACACUUAGGGGUGGGGCCACCCCGGAGGCCAGUGCGCGGCCGCGGAGCUCUGCCUGUUGCUCCGCCCCCCGGCGAGUCGGCGCCACCAUGGAGGAGUACCACCGCCACUGCGACGAGGUUGGCUUCAACACUGAUGAAGCCCACAAUAUCGUUAAGGAGUGUAUAGAUGGGGUCCUGGGUGGUGAAGAUUAUAACCACAACAAUAUCAACCAGUGGACUGCAAGCAUAGUGGAACAAUCCUUAACACAUUUGGUUAAACUGGGGAAAGCUUAUAAAUAUAUUGUGACCUGUGCAGUGGUCCAGAGAAGUGCGUAUGGCUUUCACACAGCCAGCUCCUGUUUUUGGGAUACCACAUCUGAUGGGACCUGUACUGUAAGAUGGGAGAACCGAACCAUGAACUGUAUCGUCAAUGUUUUUGCCAUUGCUAUUGUCCUGUGACAACAGACUAAAAAUGUCUGGCCAAAGCCAUUAACUUAAGAUUUAUCAGUGUAUCCUUUCUAAAAGAGUAAUAGUUACUUAUUAAUGUGCUAGAUGACAAGUAUGCAAUGUGCUUCAAAGCUGUCAACAAAAACCAAACAUAAGCAAGCAAUCUCACAGUAAGCUGGCAGAUUAUCUCAUACUCCAUCCAACAUCAUUUAAAUAGAAAAAUUGAACGUAGGCAAAAACAAAUACGGAACUACGGCGUGACAUCAAAAUACAACCUUUUAUUUACACCGGCUUUUCACUAACAUUAUGUAGCUAAGGAGAUGGCGAAAUCCAUUCAGAUAAUAACAUUUCAGCUAGAGAAGUUAACAGGGAUAAAUACAUGAACCAAACAAACAAACAAAAAAGCUGCAAGGAUAAAUGUGAAGAAAAUAAUAUUUAGCUAACAGUUCUUAGUUCUUCAUUUCUUAUCCUCACUUAGCUGUACAUGUGAUUUAGUGGAAGGUAAUUCUGUUCUUUUUUUCUCCAUCAACUAAUAUUUCAAAAGCAAUUACUAUUAACUUGUUGCCUUUCUCUGAGAACUGUUAAAACAAUUUUUUGAAUUUCAAAUUCUUGGAUUUACAUUUGAGGAUGAAUUAAAUCUGGUAAUCUGAAUUCCCUAGUUAAACGAAAUGAAUUACAAUGCAUGAUGAGAAGUAUAUGACUCCAACAGCUGCCUUACAAUUCACUCAUUCCAUGUAGAACACAUAUUUAAUGAAUUCCUGUUAUGAACAUAUUUCUCUGCUAGGCAUUAUAGUCAUCAAUAUGUUGUUCGACUUCUAAGUUUCUAUUGGCACCUGUUCAGAAGGACAACUAACACUUAUGUUUUGGGAAGGAAAAAAGUUGUUUUCGAGAGGAGAGAGAGAAAAUGAAUCUGGUUAUCUGUGUAGAAGUAAGCCAAAUGAAAAGCACUUACUGCUGACAGAGAAUUAUAGAUCUAAUUUUAAAAAUUGCUCCUAGCAAGUAAAAAAAUGCAUAAAAUGUGCAGCUCGUAGUUAAAGGCCUUAUUAGCAGUCUUAACUAUACGAGUAGUAAAUUUUCUCAUUGCUUCAGUUAUAACCACCUGUAAAUAAUUUUAAAUACUUAUUAUGUGGGGUUCUAAUUGAGUGGAAUAAAGUAUAAAUGAAAAGUAUACAAUCAUAAGCAGGUUAUUGAAUAUCUCAGGGCCUAUGAUGUGUAGUUAAAUUUAUUAAGAAAAUAAAAGAUGGCAAAUUAGGGUACACAGCUGGCCACCAAAUGCGAAGUCAAUCUGCUCUUUAACCUUGAAAACACAAUCAGUUUUGCACAUUACCUCUAACACUAAUACAUACAGGGAGUGGAACCAUGAUUCAUUGAAUUUUGGAGGGAAAGAGCAGCUUAGUAUUAGUAUUGACAAAAUUAAGAUAGGGUUCUUGUAGGAAUACUGUGUGCAUGUUUGAUAUUUGCUGAGUGACAAUAAUUGUUCAGUGUUUAAGAAGAAUGUUAAGAAAAUAGAAGGAGAGAGCUUAAUACAGUGAUCUACAUUUUUGGCAUGUCAAAAAUUCUCAUAGUCAUUACCUUUAUUUUACUCUACACUGCUGGCUUCUAUGCCCUUGAGGAUUAUAAUAGUGACCAAAAUAUCUGUGUAAUUAAGGCUUGCUUUUGAUUAUUAUAAUUGAAACCUGAUUUUAAAAGAAUGAUAUUCAGUAAUACCUCGUGAAUUUGCUAUCUGCUCUGUUUUUAUUUAAAAUAAAGAUUAUCUUCCUGUACUGUA